UAAAUGGACCAACAUACGACUUCCAGAACAUCUUUGCCCUGUCUGGUACAUUAUGAUCGAAGGGUAGGAUAUCAUUCAUUUGAAAGCACUCACGCUAUCCGCGCUCAGUACGAAUCAAUCAUCGCUUUAUCAACCACAUCUAUUAUCAGAAUCAAAAAAAGACUUUUUCCUCCAAUUACAGGGAAUCUACAACCACUUACACAAUGGCCGUUAUCGUCAAAGAAGUAACCACAGAGGCAGAGUUCGGCGCCGUUGUCGACUGUCUAUGGGAAUCAUACAACGACCCUUAUACACCAUUCAUGAACAUUCUUUUCCCUGUCUUCGCUGCCACCGAAGAAGGCUAUGCCGCUAGCGUCGCGGAGUCAAAGACACGUCUGUGGUCUAUACACACAGGAGAUCCUUCAAGCCACUGGAUCUAUGUCACAGAUGAUUCGGGCAAAGUCCUCAGUGGCGGGCAUUGGAACUUUCAUGAGGUGUCUCCAUAUAUCAAUGGUGUGCCUAAGCUGGAGGCAGUCUGGCAUCCUGCAGGCGAGGGUCGAGCAUUCGCUAGCCACAUCCUCAAUGAGGUGUACGGAUUCCGAGGGAAGCGCAUGUGGCGUCCUCAUGCGCAAUUGGACAUGAUGUUCACCUAUCCCGAACAACGACGCAAAGGGUAUGGAAGUUUGCUUAUGAAAUGGGGAAUGGACAUUGCAGAGAAGAUGGGGGUUGAAGUUCUAGUGGAAGCUAGUGACCAAGGUGUUCACUUGUACAAGAAGUUUGGCUUCAGGACUAUCGAGAAGCUUGCUAUCGACACUCUCACUGAUAAUCCAAGCAACACUUGGAGAAGAUUUGAGUCUGAUUUGAGGGGCUUGACAUUCUGGUGGAUGUGGAAGCCUCAUGGUGGGAUUUAUGAGGCAGGAAAGACGGAGCUGCCAUGGGUUACAAAGCCCAAAACUCAAUGAAUCAGUGCAUGUGAGCUCUUCAGAUGAUGGCUUUGAGCAUGUUAGG